AUGGGAGGGAGUGAUACGAUCGAGGAGGCAUUAGGUGUGAAAACAGAUUUAUGCAACUUAUUAGCAAGGGGAGGAUUCGAUUUAAGAAAGUGGGCAUCUAACUGUUCUGAGUUUUUACAGCAUAUUCCAGAAGAUAGUUUAGAAAUGUCAGCCUUAAGCCUUUCUGAAGAUAUGGCAGUAAAAACUCUUGGUCUGUACUGGAAUCCGUCUGGAGAUUUUUUCUUCUUUAGAGUCACAUUAGAAGAACAGAAAAUAGCUACUAAAAGGGUUGUUCUCUCUGAGAUUUCAAGGAUUUUUGAUCCAUUUGGAUGGGUGAGUCCUUCGAUAAUUAUGGCGAAAGUUUUAAUUCAGGAUUUGUGGAUAGCUGGGGUUUCUUGGGAUGAUCAGCUUCCACCUUCACUGAUGCAGAAAUGGUUAACUAUACGAAAAAAUCUAGGAUGCCUGGAAAACAUUUCUAUUCCUCGAUGGAUACGAACUGAAAAGGAAGGGUGUCGAAUACAAUUUCAUGGCUUCUCGGAUGCGUCAGAGCGUGCGUAUGCGGCAUGCAUCUAUAUAUCUAUUCACUCCAAGGGUAAAUGUUUUGUAUCCUUACUUGCAUCAAAAACCAAGGUUGCACCGGUUAAUCGUAUUAGUAUACCCAAAUUGGAACUGUGCGGGGCCCACCUCUUGGCCAAGCUAAUUGCAUCUGUGAAGAAAGGUAUGGGUUUGGGUGAUGUGGAAUGCUAUGCAUGGACAGAUUCACAAGUGGUUUUGGCAUGGCUUUCUCAACAUCCUUGUAAGUGGACAACUUUUGUGGGAAAUAGGACAUCAGAGAUUUUGGAAUUGGUUCCUAAAAGUCAAUGGAGGCAUGUCUCUUCUAAGCUCAACCCUGCGGAUUGUGCAUCGAGAGGACUUCAACCAAAUCUAUUGCCCUCAUUUGACUUGUGGUGGCAAGGACCUGCAUUCUUACGGGACAUGGAAGCUAUUCAGAACAAAUUCAUUUUGAAAAAUCCAGAAACUGAUCUUGAGAAAAGGAACAUCACACUUUCUUUAGCAACUACAGAAGCACCGCCUGAGAAUGAAAUUCUUCUUCGUUUUUCUUCACUUACAAGGCUUAAACGGAUAAUGGCUUGGUGUCGAAGAUUUAUUCACAAUGCAAAACUAAAGGGAGAAGAUGAGGGAAAAAGGGAAUUUGGACCACUUUCAACAAAUGAGCUGGAAGCUGAGCUAUGUUUUUGGAUAAGGGAAACCCAAAAUGCAGCAUUUUCAAUGGAAUUGAAUCGACUUAAACUUUCAAAACCGAUACGUAGGGAUAGCAAUCUGAAAUCUUUGGAUCCAUUUAUUGGAAAUGAUGGUUUACUUAGGGUUGGAGGUCGAAUUCAGAAGGGACAGUUUGGGUUUCAACAAAAACAUCCACCAAUUUUGCCUAAGGAAUCUCAUUUAACAACUCUUAUUCUUGCUUUUUAUCAUCAUAAGUACCUACACGGUGGACCCCAUCUCAUGCUAGGAGUUAUAAGGCAAAAUUAUUGGAUCUUGCAUCUAAAGGGAAAAGUUAGCAAAUACAUUCGAGGGUGUGUUAAGUGUCAGCGGUAUGCGGCUCGGCCGUUAGAACAACAAAUGGGUAAUUUGCCAAAGGUUCGACUAGAAAUGUGUAAGCCGUUUACGAACACAGGGGUGGAUUAUGCGGGGCCUUUAACCAUACAAACAUAUAAAGGUCGUGGAGCAAAGCAUCAAAAAUGUUAUGUGGCUCUUUUCAUCUGCUUGUCAACGCGAGCAAUUCAUUUGGAACUCGUCUCGGAUCUAACAUCGGAUGCUGCGAUUGCGGCUUUAAAAAGGUUUUUGUCAAGGAGAGGAUCUGUUAAAAGAAUUUUGAGUGACAAUGGGUCAAAUUUUGUUGGCGCAUCACGGGAACUUAAAGCCAUUUAUAAAUUAUUUAACUCCAAUGAAAAUAUCCACAAUUAUGUAGCUGAAGAGGAAAUUUCUUGGGAGUUUAUACCUCCACAUGCGCCUCAUUUCGGAGGUAUCUGGGAGGCUGGGGUUAAGUCCACUAAAUUUCACCUGCGUCGAGUUAUGGGGCAGACAUCGCUAACGUUCGAAGAACUUAGCACUCUUCUUUGUCAAAUAGAGAUGUGUCUGAAUUCUCGUCCAUUAACUGCUUUUAUAGACGACAAAUAUAGUUUAGAACCAUUAACUCCAAAUUUUCUUCUUACAGGUGGUCCAACAAUGACAUUACCUGAGCAGAAUCUGUGCGAUGCGAAGAUAAAUACACUUUCUCGUUGGCAGUACACACAACGUCUUCAACAAGAGUUUUGGCGAAGGUGGCAACGCGAAUACCUUCACCAACUACAACAAAGAACGAAAUGGACCUUGAAGAAACGUAACAUGGAGCUCAACGAUUUAGUCCUGGUUCUGGACAACAAUCUUCCACCAAGCAAAUGGUUAAUGGGUCGAGUCAUAAAUCUUUUUCCUGGUGCAGAUGGCCUUAUUCGAGUUGUUGAGAUACGAACAAAAUCUGGUGUAAUGAGACGUGACAUCACUAAACUUGCAUUACUUCUACCGAACGACGAUUAA